GGCACACCAUGCCAUGCUGACUCCAGUGUCACUUGCACCGCGCAUUACUCUCUGAGGCUUACAAUGUUCUCAAAAUAAACCUGGGAUUAUGUUUCCCCUGCUGGAAUAUGCUCAGUGAGCAGCUCGGAUUUCGGAUGACCUCUUUUGAAAUCUUUUUCGAAAGAUUAUCUGAAACUCUGAAAUCAAAUAGGAAGGAUUCUCUCAAGAUAAGCCCUUUAUAUUCGUUUGAAUGAACGGAUGAUUUGGGAAUUUUGAAAGCUAAUGAAGCUGCAAACAUCAGCAUUUAAUGCGAAGGAACAGGGAAAACUAUGAUUUCUUUUGCCUGACAGGACUUCAGGGAGGUUGCUGCUGAAUAUGCGGAUCUUUGCGAGGCAUGAUACGCCCAGGAAGCCCCCCCUCUGUCAUGGCUUUGCCCUCUUCUGGGGCUUGACCUUUGUUUUAUUCAUGAAAAGUGUUCAAGUGAAGGCUUGUCCCACCACAUGUCACUGUAUAGAGAAGAGCGGCAUGACUGUGGUUCAAUGUAUGUCUCGCAACUUGGAGAAAAUCCCAUCCGAUCUUCCGAGGGAUACAGUUGUCCUACUAUUGGCCUCCAACCACAUCACCCACAUCCCGAACCACGCCUUCAAAGACCUGCACUACCUUCAGGAGCUGGACCUGUCCAACAAUGACAUAGAAACGGUGGACGUUGGAGCUUUUCAAGGUGUUUCUGACAGCCUCCUUGUCCUGGAUCUAUCAAACAAUCGAAUCGAAAGUGUCCCUAAAGAGGCAUUUGCUCGCCUACGAGCAAAAAUCAGCUUCUCGAACAACCCGUGGCACUGCGAAUGCACGCUGCAGGAGGUCCUGAGGGAGCUGCGUCUGGACCCAGAGACGGUGAACGAGGUGAUCUGCCACACGGCGGUGCAGGAGGAAUAUGCGGGAAAACCGGUAAUCCAGGUGCUCGACUCAGGGAUCAACUUCUGCAACUUUCACCACAAGACCACAGAUGUAGCUAUGUUUGUCACCAUGUUCGGGUGGUUCACCAUGGUGAUUGCGUACGUGAUCUACUAUGUGAGACACAAUCAAGAGGAUGCCAGGAGGCACCUGGAGUACCUAAAGUCAUUGCCCAGCAGCUCUCAGAUUAGCAAGGACUUUGACACCAUCAGCACUGUUCUCUAGCAGGGCCAACUUAUUCAUGUGAUCCGUGUGGGUGUAUUUAUGUGAGUAAAUGCAUAGUUCUGUAAAAAAUAGAAAAAGCGAUUGCAAGACAUAAUCAUCAGAGAUUUUCCAAUACCAUUUUUUCUUCUCAUCACGUUUCUGAUAAGUGGGUUUGUUUUCUGGCAAAUACUGAGAACCGUACCGAUACCACUGAAGAUUUAAAGUGAACAGCUGCAUACAAUUAGCCCUGUAGGAUGUUAUUUAAUUGCAUUGAUCUUUGCCUUGUCUGGCUUAGAGAAUGUAUAACAGAGAAUUCUGACUUUCACUGGUCUUGAUUUAAGCCCCCGUAAAAAUCAACGCUUAACCAUAAAACAAGCAGGGUACCUACAAAUGAGCUGAGUUAACGUGAGCAGUAACUGUGCUGGCAGCCCAUUUCUGUGUUAUGUCCCAUUCUGUUAUGUUGUGUCCCUUGAAGCGUCAGAGAAAGGCAGACUUUUAGCAUCAAACUUCUUGAAGAGAAUCUCAGAUUAACAUUACACUGUACUCCAUCUAUUUCAAAAGACACUGUAUUUCAUAAGGUGCUUAGGAGAGGGAUGAAUCCAUCAAAAAACUGCAAACACACUCCUGCACACUGCCGUGUUGGCACAAAUACUUCGGCAACGUCUUGGUACAUUGUCAAUGUUUUGUGCAUUUUAGACUGUAAUAGUUUUCUUGAAAUUUUGGGGUUCCAGGACUUGUAUUUUGUAGCAACGGCAUUGAAACAGGUGUCGUAAUUGUUUGAUUUUUACUAGUGUCAUCAAAGUUUAAAAUUCUGGUAUUGUGACAAUCCUAUAGUGAAAAGAACUGGUGAAAAAAAGUAAAUUUUAUUCUAAUUAAACGAAUUACAGUAUCAGAUCAGUGUGAAGACGAUACAGAUUCGGGUGAUGUCUGCACAAUGUGUUUGCAUUGUUUCAAACAUUAAUUUAGAUUUUCUUUCAAGGGGUAAAUGUUUCUGUACUGCGGGACAGGGCAUUAGUGAUGGCACAAAUAAACAAAACACUCCCAAAAGUUACAUUUCCAUGACAGAUGAUAGAUCUAGACUUGUGAGAUAAAUGUUCCCACUGUGGUGUCGAUCCAACAGUGUGAUUGAAUUUAGACAGAGACGAACGAGGACAGCUUCUGUGUCUCACAGUUACUUUGUAUUGAUUGAUUUAUUUAUGUUCUUCAUGUCACACUGCCAAGGUAACUGGCGUUGGUGAAUAGGCUAUAUGACACAGGUCACAGUGUUAACAUUCAGUUUGUGUAACUGAUAGCGCUGCCUCAGAGUAAACUUCUGACCCUGGAAACUCUGUAUCCUGGCGAGUAAAAGACAAAAUGUUUAGAAAGAAACACAUUUAGAAAGAAGCUGUACAAGCCUUUCAGCACCCAAAUGGCAAGGUAAUGUAAGAAUGAGUGUUGUUAGCAUGUGGGCUUAAUUAAGGCAUUGAUGGCUCGAGGUAAAAUAUUGACGUUGACUGACAGAGAUAUGUAAUGGUAGAGAGGGAUAUGA